UCGAUGGUAGGGAGUCGAGAUCCUUUAUAAGCCUCGCAUGUAGACGUUCCUCGUACACUUCACUGAACUGGUCUUCACAAGUCUGCAAUCAUGUUCAAGUUUCUUACUCUAUCUUGCCUAUUGGCAGUCAGUGUUCAGUGCAAGAUCUCUCAAAAUCAGGCUGUGCCAUACUAUCCUCAACCGUACCCGGUAGCAUAUCCUCAAGUAUAUCCCCAAGUUUACUCUGCACAACCGAAAUACAGUGUGCAACCCGCCUAUGUAGCAGCCGCCUCAUACCCAGCCCAUACAAGCUAUCGACAAGUCUUUGUACCAGCUAGUCCUGCCUACAACCCUUAUUAUUACGGAUACGCUCCUUUCCCAACUUAUUCUCCAGCUCAGCAAUACCCAGUACCUUACGUCCAGAAUGAUGGAACCCAACCCGCUGCAGCUCAACCCGGUUGGGGUGAAUACUUGUCAAACAGUUUCUGGAGCUACGUGCCGAACUUCCCUUACGUGACGUCUGGAGCUCAACCAUCUUCAGAAGCAGAAAGCGGCGCGGCUGCUGCAACCGCUGAAUCUUCAGCUGAAAAUACAAGUCCAGGAAAAGGUGACAAACCAGCAGAAGCACCCAAAUCAGAACAAGCUGCUAGCGACGAACAACCAGCUCAAUCGCCUUCUAAACAAUUCGCAGCUUAUCCUUUACCUUACUUCGGUCAACCCCAGUUCUAUGGACAAGCACCUUAUCAACAAGCUGUCUUCGAUCCAGCUAAAUUGAAUGCAGCAAACAAUGGCGCAGUUUCAAGUUUCCUUUUCCCCAGAAGUCAACUCCAAUCUGUGUUCCAACAACCACAACCGUUUGCUGAACAAAAAUACUACCAGGUCCCACAGUCUAACCAAGGUACCGCAGCACAAGCAUACCAGAGAUACUUGCAGUCCCAAAAACCACAUUUGCUGGGACAAUACCAACCAGGACAAUACCAACCAGAACAAUACCAACAUCAACAGCAAGAUCAACCGUUCCCGCAACAGCCGGAACCAUUCCAACAAUACGAUCAACAAACCCAGAAAGACGAAUCCUCUGUUGUCGUAGAUUCUAAUGUGACCGGACUCCAAGUCAACGCUGAAGGCCAACAGCAACCACAAUCUAAAGUAGCUACAGGUCCAACAAUAGCAGUGGCUCAGCCACAGGGUAUCGCGUUCGCCGGAAUCGGCGGCCGAGCCGGAGCUGGACCUAUAGGCACAGCGAUUGUAGGCAAAAAUGCUACAGCAAUUUCAGGCCCCAGCGCUACUGCUAUAUCACUGGACGUAACACCAACAAUUGACUUAACACCAGUUCACAAGCACACAACAGCCUAUGUGGCAAAAUAUGCUCCUGAACUGGGAGUUUACAAAGUUGCUGAAAUCAAAACAUAGUAAAAUUAUAAAUUUGUAUUUUAGUACCUAAACGAAUUUGUGAUAAUAAUUUUAUUUUUAAAUUAAAAUACUUUAAUUGUAUUUAUAUUUAAGGCCAAUGAAAUAAAAUGC